CUUGUGACAAUGUCAGAAGGAAACUUCACCACAAUUACUGAAUUUGUUUUGCUGGGAUUCACAGAUAAUCGGAGUAUGCAGUUUCUUCUCUUCAUAGUGUUCUUACUGGUUUACUUGCUCAUCUUGGUGGGGAACGUUGGCAUGGUGACAUUAAUCAGGAUUGACUCCAGGCUUCACACUCCCAUGUACUUUUUCCUGAGCAACCUAUCAAUCUUAGAUAUUGGUUACUCCACUGUCAUCGCUCCCAGGACACUGAUGACACUGGUAGCAAAAAGCAAAACCAUUUCCUUCACUGGCUGUGCCCUGCAGUUUUUCUUCUUUUGCAUUGCUGUAUCCUGUGAAUGCUUCCUGCUGGGUGCAAUGGCAUAUGACCGCUUCAUCGCUAUCUGCAAUCCACUGUUGUAUACUGCCAUCAUGUCCAAAAAGUUCUGUUAUCUGCUCGUGGCUGUUUCGUAUCUAACAAGUUGUGUGAAUGCAGCGGUCCAGACUUCAUUUAUAUUUAGUUUGUCCUUUUGCAGAUCCAACAUCAUCAACCAUUUUUUCUGUGAUGUACCCCCUAUCCUAAGGCUCUCAUGUUCAGAUACAGGAGUCAUCGAUAUAAUUCAUUUUAGCUUCUCCACAGCAAUCGCAUUAGUAACGAUCCUGACCAUACUGAUCUCUUACAUAUACAUACUUGUUGCCGUCCUUCGGAUGAACUCAGCUGAGGGCAGACGUAAAGCCUUCUCUACCUGUGCCUCCCACCUUACAGCUCUCACUAUAUUCUAUGGGACAGCUGUUUUCAUGUACUCACGGCCCAAUUCAAAAUAUUCUGUGGAGCAGGACAAAAUAAUCUCUGUGUUUUAUACCCUUGUAAUACCAAUGUUGAAUCCACUCAUCUACAGUCUGAGAAAUAAGGAGGUCAAAGAGGCUUUCAAAAGGCUGCUUGGGGAAAAGGCUAUCACUCAGAGCCAUUGAACUUCAUGUUAAGAGGCCUUAUUUCAUCCUUAACUGCAAUGUCCAUAUUAUUAAUUUUUGUCUACAUUUUGGUUUUGCCCCUGACUACUUACCUUAAGGUAAGCCAUUUUGAAC